UUUUUUCAAUUGUUUUUGUUUUGAUUUUUGGUCAAUUAAUCUUGUCAUUCAAUUUAACAUAAUUGUCAAUUAAUUUGUUUUAUUUAAUUGCUGUUUCACCAUCUCUUGUCUUGUGUUUUUCUUCCUUUAUUGACAAUUCCCGUUGUAACAAUGGCGUCAAGAAGCACAAAUUUUUGGAUGGAUUUUUUCCUCAAUUCUAAUCUUCCUCAAUCGGUUGCUACUAAAUAUGCUGUUAUUUUCACUGAUCACCGAAUACAGGAAAACAUGCUUGGCGAUAUAACUAAAGAUAUGCUCUAUGAUAUGGGCAUCAAAACAAUGGGUGAUGUUAUUGCUAUACUCAAGCAUGCGAAGGAAGUUAACGAUGAGAAGAUUCAAUUUCAAUUAUUGGGAAAAUCAAAUUUUUCACAAACCAAUAGCAAACCCAAAGUUCAUAAUUGCUCGAUUAAUAAAGAGCCCAUUUCUGGUCCAAGUGUUUCCUCAUCAACCUCUGGAUCUUCAACAUCUAAACGAAAUUCAUUCAAUUCUGAAGAUAAUCAAGGAUCAAUGAAAGUUAGAAGGGUAAUCAAUUCAGUUGCUUCAGCAAACAGAAUAUCAAAUGUCAAUGCAAAAAUGUCUCAAACAAAUGUCCCUUUUCAGGCCAAAGUUACUUUCAACUCUAUUCCUAGUAUUAAAUCCAACCAAUCAAUUAGAUUAGGUAAUACACAUCAAGACUCAGCGACAAGGAAAAUUUCCGUUUUUACAAGAUUAGGUGAUAACGAGACUCCAUCGUCAUCUUCAUCAUCUACAUUAUCAUCUUCUUUAUCCUCAUCAUCUCUAAAUAAGCUUAAAGUAACAUCUAUCGAGCCAAAGGUAACACGGAUAAUCACUGGACUAAAUGACAAUAGACCUUCAAAAUUUUCUCAACCCAAAAGUGUAAAGGAUCGUCUUGGUGGAAAUAAAGUGAUCAGUGGUAAUUCAACGCGCCCUAUCAUCAGUUCAACAAUUAAACCUAAACAAUCGUUAUCCCAACAAUCAUCACGCAACAAAAUCUCUCUCAAGAAAAGUAUCUUUGAUCGACUGGGUACUAAGUCAUUUUAAACGAUUAAUUAAUUUAAGAUAAAGAAAAAUGACUCCAUGA